UUGUUAGAGCAUUCUUGGGCGGAUUGUUGCAGCUUUGAGCAACCUAAUGCUCAUUGUGCUGUGUGGUUUUUUUUGUUUUUUUUUGGUCCUUUAUUUCACUUCCAUGUGACAGGAGCUUAACUUUGUCGGACCCACACGCUGCGGAGAGUUCUAUUCAGAAGUUAUCAUGGCGACAGACACCUUACCUGAGGGCUUCACGGACCUGGACAUGUAUGUGUUCAGCACGCUGUUCCUCAUCACCGGGGUGCUCGGGUUCGUCCUCAAUGCUGUCACCAUCGUCACCUUCAUGUGUGUCCGGGAGCACAGGAGCCCGAACAACUUCCUGGUAGUCAACCUGGCCUUGGCCGACAUGAUCCUCAGCGUCAACGGAUUCUUGGCCGGCUAUUCCACCUACCUCAGACAUUGGCCUUUUGGCCAGCUAGGAUGCGUCCUUCAUGGCUUUCACGGCAUGAUAUCAGUCCUGGCGUCCGUCAGCUUCAUGGCAGCCAUCGCUUGGGACCGCUAUCACCAGUACUGCACCAGACAAAGGCUCUUCUGGAGCACCACCAUGGUGAUCACCGCCUUCAUCUGGGUCAUGGCUAUCUUCUGGGCCUCCAUGCCACUCUUGGGCUGGGGGGUGUAUGACUUUGAGCCCCUGAGAACCUGCUGCACCUUGGACUACACCAGAGGGGACCGGAACUUCAUCUCCUACAUGGUCACCCUGGUGAUGCUCUACUUGACCUUCCCCACCUACAUCUUUCAUUCCUGCUACAAUGCCAUCGAAAGACAGUUCAACAGGGUCCAUCACCACAGAUUCAACACCGGUCGACCAUUGACUGUCAUGUGGAUCUGCUGGCUCCCCUACACCUUAAUCUGUCUCUACGCCUGCGUCUUUGAUGCAAAGUACUUUUCUCCAAGGACAAGAAUGAUGUGUCCCUUGUUGGCUAAGCUGAACCCAAUCUGUAACGUGGUGCUCUACUCCUUCGGAAACGAGUUCCACCGAGGAGGGGUGUGGUACCUCUUCACCGGGCAGAGGCCAGCACAGCCGGCACAAAGGACGGCGCAGAGGGAGGUCCAGCCAGCACAGCCGGUGCAAAGGGAGGUACAGCCGGUGCAAAGGGAGGUCCAGCCAGCACAGCCGGCGCCGAGGGAGGUACCACCUGCACAGCCGGCUGCGAAGAAGUCCAAUUAGUUUUUGGAUGAGUUUUUUUUUUUUUCUGUACAGUUGACAUGAUACUCGAUGUAACUUAAGCAUGAAGAAACUACUGGAAAUGUAGCUAAGGUGUAUUUGGAAUAAAAUAUUGCAACUUCUCUUUAGUGAGUGGACAGCUUACAGAAAUACAGUUGAUGUAAAAGGCGUUAAAAUCGAAAUGCAAUUUUUAACUGCACAAUGCAUCAAUAAAUGGAAUAUACAUUC